UCAGCCGCGAGUGGAACAAGCAAUUACUUAAGAUCUUUUUGAUCAGAGACUAGUUCCAAAGUGCAACACUCCCUCAGUACUACACUCCCUUGUUUCUUGAUAAGUUGGACUUGAACCUAGAAUGUUGAAUUUGAGGUGUUAGGAAGAGAGUGAUGACAUCACGAUUUCGUGUGCUGGGUGGGAGAACAAACCACACACGUGCCUUUGAAGUACCAAGAGAUAAACAUCGGUCAGAGAUCAUCUGUAAUGUCCAGUUCCUUGAUGGCAGUUUGCAAAGCUUCAAAGUUAAUAAACAAGAUGUCGGUCAAGUUCUGUUGGAUAUGGUCUAUAAACAUCUGGACUUGAUUGAAAAGGAAUAUUUUGGUUUGCAAUUUAUAGAUGACUCAAUAGAGUGUCCUAGGUGGCUUGAACCUAGUAAACCUAUCAGGAAACAGCUUAAAGGUGGGGCGCUAAAUAUCCGAGUGAGAUUUUUUGUAACAGACCCAAAUGCUCUGCAGCAAGAACAGACAAGGCACUUAUAUUUUUUACAACUGAAGAAGGACUUUAUUGAUGGAAGGUUACCUUGUCCUCUCAAUAAAGCAGCCUUCCUUGCUUCCUAUGCAGUCCAGUCUGAACUUGGAGAAUACAAUCCUUCUGAGCAUCAACCUGGUUAUAUAGAAAACUUCCACUUUGUACUCGAUAAAAACCAAGAAUUUCGAACUAAUGUGAUGUCCUUGCACAAACAACACAGAGAUCUUAAACAAACAGAAGCAGAACUUGGUUACCUGAGUAUAGCAAAAACCCUUGAAUUUUAUGGCGUGGAAUUGCACAAUGCAAGGGAUCAAGGCAAUUUAGAAAUAAAGAUUGGGAUAUCCUCUGAAGGACUGCGUGUCUAUCGAAAUAUGGCUCGAAUCAGUUUUUAUCCCUGGGUAAAUAUAACAAAGAUUUCUUUCAAGAGGAAACGUUUCUUCAUUCAGCUAAGGGAAAAACCUAACGAAUCUCAAGAGUGUGUUAUUGGAUUUAAUAUGCUUAAUUAUAGAGCAUGUAAAAUUCUUUGGAAAUCAUGUGUAGAACAUCACACAUUCUUUCAAGCAAAGAAGACACUACCUCAAGAGAAAAAAAUGCUUUCAAACUAUUUUACACUCGGCCACAGAAACCAGAACAGGACAGUUACCAAUCAGUUCUGUCAUCGUGUCAUUGGUGGCAUGGUCUGGAAUCCAAUAUUAAGAAAGUCUGUAUCAGUUGAACAGUUGGAAACCAGAAGUUUGCCUUCGCGCUCUCCACCAUCUACACCCGAUUGGCCAAGUCCAAGAUUAAGACAUGAUGCUCAAAAGCCAAGACAUUCUUCUGUAGAUAACCUUGCUACUGAGAUGGCAUAUAUCACAGAAAGUGAAGAAGUGUUUUAUAACUACAAGGCAAACAUUCCAGCCUUUGAAAAUAAAAAGGAUGUGGAGGCCUGUCCAAAACAUUCAUCACACAGCUGGUCAGAAGAACAACAAUUAGUAAAGAUAGUUGCAGAGGAUGAAAUGCAACAACAGUUCUCGCACUGCAUCAAAAGACAACGACGAUCAUUCACACACUCAGUGAAUGGUGUAGAAACCGUUGUACCAUGUGAUGAUCACCUAUCUGUGUCUGUUUCUCACCCACUGGAUGGUGUUGACUUGCAGUUUCUUGAGACCUAUGGCUUUAAAACACCAAGGACAAAUAUGGAUGAAACAAAUCCCUGCCAAUACUACUGUGAUGACAAGACUGAUCUGGUAAACAGUGAUAAUGGCUUUCUUUGCGUUCACAUGAUACCUGAUGAAGAAGGAAAGUUUGGUUUCAACUUAAAGGGUGGAGUUGACCAGAAAAUGCCCCUCAUUGUGUCAAGAGUAAGCCCAGGAUCACCAGCUGACGUGUGUGUGCCAAAACUGAAUGAAGGAGAUCAGAUAUUGUUGAUUAAUGGCAGAGACAUCUCUGAACAUACUCAUGACCAAGUUGUAAUGUUCAUAAAAGCAAGCAGAGAAUCUCACUCCAGAGAACUUGUGCUGCUGGUUAAAAGAAAAGUUACAAGCAGUCAUAAAGAGGACAAGGUGGAAGAGGAAAUAGACUUCCGGUGUUUUCCAAACAAUUCCAUUCAUUCCUCAUAUCCUGAAUAUGGUGAUUCAUUAGAAGAAUCCAUGAUUCAGCUUCGAAAAGGACUUGAAAGCGGAGCUAUACUUAAUCAAUUUGAUCAACUUUACAGAAAAAAACCUGGAUUGGCUGUCACACAUGCAAAGAUGCCACAAAAUAUGGACAAAAACAGAUACAAAGAUGUGUUGCCAUAUGAUGUUACUAGAGUUGUAUUAGAUGGAUCAGAAGAUUAUAUUAAUGGCAGUUACGUCAAUAUGGAAAUCUGUGGUACCACUAUCCAAAAUAAGUACAUUGCAUCCCAAGGUCCACUUCCACAUACCUGUCAACACUUUUGGCAAACAGUUUGGGAGCAAAGUUCAUCUUUAAUUGUCAUGUUAACUACCCUUACAGAAAGGGGACGGGUGAAAUGCCAUCAGUACUGGCCAGAUCCUCCAGAAGUAUGCAGAUAUGGCAGCUUUCAUGUCACAUGUCACUCAGAAGAAUAUAGCAUUGCCUAUGUUUUCAGAGAAAUGACACUUACUAAUUUAGAGACGGGCCUAGAACGUGGUGUCAGUCAUCUUCAGUACGUAGCAUGGCCUGAUCAUGGCGUUCCUGAUGAUCCAAUGGAUUUCUUUGACUUUGUGACUUGUGUGAGACAGAAAAGAAUCGGAAGAGACAAUGAGCCAGUUAUUGUUCAUUGCAGUGCUGGAAUUGGUCGAACUGGUGUCCUUAUUGCUAUGGAAACGGCAAUGUGUUUAAUUGAAAACAGCCAACCUGUAUACCCACUGGAUAUUGUUAGAACAAUGCGAAACCAGCGUGCCAUGAUGGUACAGACGUCGAGUCAAUACAAAUUUGUAUGUGAAGCCAUCCUACGUGUGUAUGAGGAAGGUUUAAUUCACCCGUUGGAAGCAUGCCAGGCUGCAAGUUAGUACCGGUGUCGGAGAAUGUUGACUAAUUUCUACACAUUGAAACAAAUCUGAAAAUGUAGUGCACAUCUCGGUGCUUGGUCUGCUCCAUAAAUCUGAAAGAAAGCCGCUUGACGAUUGAACACAUCUGACGACUAACACGUUACACUGAUGGUUAAAUAAGGAAUAUAUCUGUAAAUCUUUGUUAAAUGGGCACCACAUUUUAUGAUAUUGUCCUGUGUUUCAAGUUAUUAAUUUUGUCAUUCUGGCGUAUCUUUUCAAGAAACUGCUGAGGACCAGGAUGCCUUUGACAUAAAAAAAGUUGAUGGCAGUUAAAAUUUAGUCCAUGACACAACAUAUAACAGUGAACUUGUUUAAAGCCCAGUAAUGCAAUGGAAACAAUUUAAUAGUUCUGGUUAAUGCUGCUAACUUUU